AGCCAAUUAAACACAUUGCUUUUAGACCAUUCAGUUGGAUGAGCACGUUUUCAUCCCUUUUCCUGCUUCCAAAAGAAAAUGCACAUCUGACAUUCAGCUAAGCCUUGAUGUAUUUCAACUGCCCUUCUUAGGGCAAUACCCACUUUUGUGAUUUGCACCCGAAGAUGGCUCUACUAAACCUGCUUCCCCAAGAUCCCAAAGACGAAGGCACACAGAGAUGCAGACUGGGACCUGCUGCUUUUUCCGCCUUGGCUGCCAAGCUGGGAUCUCCAGUUAGGAUCACCUUGCCUGCUGGUUGCUGCUUGUGUGCCGCUUGGCCCAGGCAUGAUUUGGCCGACGGCUACGUACAGCUUGAUCUGAAAUGCAGAACCCGGGGCCUGAAGGAGAGCCAGUUACAUAAUCUCACAGUGAGCGUCAGUGACUUGAAGUUACUGCAGUGUCAUAGGCUAAGAAGAGUGACAGUCAAAGUCAUUUUUAAAAAUCGCUCCUUGAAAAAAUCCACUCCAGAAACCAUGAUCCAGGAGGUAGUCAAAGACCUGCUGAGAAAUACCUAUGUUGCCCUUCAUCACGUUGUUUCAUUUGCCCCAAUUUUGGGCAAUCCAGUGGAAUACAUUGAAAUAUUGUCUACGGACCCUGAUGCUCAAGAGGGAGCUGGUUUGGUAACCCCCAAAACCAACAUUACCAUUAAAGAUAUGGCCACACUGGACUGGUAUAACCAUUUGAUGGAGAGCAGUGCCAAAAUCCAGGUGGCAGGAAUGGAUGAUGCCAGCAGCUCCUUAAAAGAGAUGAUUGGCCUGCCAUUGCACUUUCCAAAAACCUUCCAGAAACUAGGCCUUUCUGUCCCUAAAGGUAUCCUCCUGGUUGGACCUCCAGGGGUGGGCAAAACCCUCCUGGUAAAAGCAGUCACCAGGGAGGUAGGGGCUUGCCUCCUUUGCAUCAAUGGCCCUAUAAUCUAUGGCUCAAGGCCUGGUGAAAGCGAGGAGAACCUGCGGCAUGUGUUUGAAGAAGCGAGAGACUUAUCCACUGAAGGACCAACAGUUCUUUUUAUUGAUGAGAUUGAUUCUUUGUGUCCUAAACGGGGAAGUUCAAGUAAUGCCCCAGAAAAUCGUCUGGUAGCUCAGAUGUUAACUCUUAUAGAUGGCAUUGGUGGAGAAAAUGACAUGGUGAUCGUCGCAGCAACAAAUAGGCCUGAUGCCCUCGAUCCUGCCCUCAGGAGGCCUGGCAGAAUUGACCGUGAGGUUAUCAUUGGGACCCCAACCCUGAAACAAAGGAAGUCCAUUCUACAGCUGAUUACUGCAAACAUGCCCGUCUCAAACGAUGUUAACUUGCUUGAACUUGCGGAAAUAACUACUGGUUAUGUCGGAGCUGACCUGACAGCACUUUGCAGAGAGGCUGCAAUGCAAGCUGUGUUUCGAGAUUGUUCAGAUUCGGUUAACACAGUUCAUAUGUCCGACUUCUAUGAAGCUUUGAAAAAGAUUCAACCAUCCUCUUUCCGAAGCGGAAUUGGGCUGAUGGACUUCAAACCUGUCAUCUGGGAUCAGAUUGGUGGUCUUGAAGAUGUGAAAUUAAAAUUAAAGCAGAGCAUUGAAUGGCCUAUCAAAUUUCCUGAGGCUUUUGUUAGGAUGGGACUGACCCGUCCAAAGGGUAUCCUUUUGUACGGACCAUCAGGUUGUGCCAAAACUACACUUGUAAAAGCAGCAGCCACAAGCUGUCACUGUUCCUUUCUGUCUGUGAGUGGCGCAGACCUUUUCUCACCUUAUGUCGGAGAUUCAGAGAAGAUUUUGUCUCAGGUAUUUCGACAAGCAAGAGCAAAUACACCAGCAAUAGUAUUCCUGGAUGAAAUUGAUGCUAUAUUGGGAUCUCGAUCAGUUGGUAAAACUGAUCAUGGGGUUCAAGAGAGAGUUCUUUCUGUCCUUCUCAAUGAAAUGGAUGGUGUUGGCCUGAAAUUAACUGAGAGAAGAGGGUAUAAAGCAGAGUUGGAAGGUGGCAGUGGUGAACAAAUUGAAAAUGAAAAAGAGCUGGAAUUUCAGGAGGUCUUUAAUAAAGACGUUGUUGUCAUUGCUGCAACAAAUAGACCAGACAUGUUAGAUGAUGCCUUGUUGCGCCCUGGGCGGUUAGACAAGAUUAUCUAUGUUCCGCCACCUGAUCACAAGGGAAGGCUUUCUGUUUUGAAAAUCUGCACAGAAAAGAUCCCAGUAGAUCCCGAUGUGUCCCUGGAGGAUAUAGCAGCUCAAGUGAACCUCUUCUCUGGAGCUGACAUUGAAAAUCUUUGUAAGGAGGCUGCUCUAUUAGCAUUGCAAGGGAAUAAUGUUGAAGCAACAACUGUGAAACAUCAAGAUUUUGAAAAAGCAUUGGAGACUGUAAAGCCAUCGUUAACCCUCAGAGACGUAGAAUUUUAUGAAAAAAUGUUUAAAAAUCGAGAAUGAAAUUUAUUAAAGAGGAAAGAAGGAGGAAACUAAAUUUAUGUUGACAUAACCAAUGUCUGAUAAUAGAAUGAAAAGGUCCGUAGAGAGAAAACAGGAUGUGGUAUUAAUUUCUUUUAUAAAUAUACAUGUCUCUUCUCCAGAAUUCACCAAGGGAGCUAAUAUCUGUCACAGGACUGCAAAAUGACAAGAUUUCCAAAAAAUGGGCAAUUAUUGCCUUUAUUGGCAAUCAGCCUUUGAUAUGAAAGAUCCUAAUGCCAAAUUGCUCAGGAAUACUGAGCACAGUGCUGUUAAAUUCAGCAUAUUUAUAAAUGAAGAAAUUGGUCUAGUAGCUUGUUACAUUAAUUUAACUUGUAUUUUUAGAUAUUUAUUUCCCUUUUUUAAAUAAUUGCGCAGCUCAACCUCUGUUUCAGUAUUCAAUAAAAGUAUUGAAUUUGUAA